GCCUCGCAGCACUCGCAGCCAGGAGCGUCUAUGGAGCAGAGCAGAGAGAGAGAGAGAGCGAGAGACGCAGCAACAGAACCCGGGCGCGCGGACUGUAGCGGGAGACGUGGGGUGAGAGAGGGUAUCCGCGUCUGUGACGUCAGGAGUAUUCCUGAAAGUCGUCAACUCGCUGUGUGGUGUGUUCAGAAUCAACCACAGCCUUUUCGCCGUUAGUACCAUCAUACAAUCACCUUUCGAGACAACACUCUAGUAGUGACCACUUGAGAGAGUUCACUCUAUGUAGGCGUUGUUCUCCGACUGUCCUAUCCAUCCAUGCUCCAUUCGAGCUUUUAAGGAGGACGCGCACAUACUCAGGGAAGCUGCGAGGCGAGGGAAUCCCACUGGUCUCCCUACCAACGCCAGCGCCAGGCUGAGUCACUGUCGAGGAGUGGGAAGAUCUAGAGAGAGAGAGAGAGAGAGAGAGAGAUACACAGCACCACGGAGAGAGAAAAGCAACGGAAGGAGGGAUAAACUGCUACACAACGCCUUUGAGAGUGGAGCGAGAGACAGUGGCAGGCAACGAGAAAAACGACUGAGAGAGACCUGUGAGGGAGGGAGAGAGAGACGCUGAGGCUGGGAGAGCCCCCCCCUUCCUCUCCUCCCCUCCCCCCCCACUCCUUCAGGAGCUAGUUUGUACGAGCGGCGAGUACAGUGUGACUGAGCCAACAUGAGCGAUGUCACCAUUGUUAAAGAAGGCUGGGUGCAGAAGAGAGGUGAAUAUAUUAAGAAUUGGAGACCUCGCUACUUCCUCUUGAAAACCGAUGGAUCUUUUAUCGGAUACAAGGAGAAGCCACAAGAUGCAGAUCUACCCUACCCUCUCAAUAACUUCUCUGUUGCAAAAUGCCAGCUGAUGAAAACUGAACGACCAAAGCCAAACACUUUUAUUAUUAGAUGUCUACAGUGGACUACAGUCAUAGAGAGGACCUUCCAUGUGGACACGCCAGAAGAGAGGGAUGAGUGGGCAGAGGCGAUCCAGAUGGUGGCAGAUAAACUCCAAAGACAGGAAGAAGAACGAAUCCAGUCUAGUCCCACCUCACAGAUAGACAACAUGGGAGAGGAGGAGAUGGACACGUCUAUCAGUCACCACAAACGCAAGACAAUGAAUGACUUUGACUACUUAAAAUUAUUGGGAAAAGGCACUUUUGGUAAAGUCAUUCUUGUAAGGGAGAAGGCCAGUGGGAAAUAUUAUGCAAUGAAAAUUUUGAAGAAAGAGGUUAUUAUAGCAAAGGAUGAAGUGGCCCACACGCUUACAGAAAGCAGAGUACUGAAAAAUACAAGACAUCCAUUUUUAACCUCUUUGAAGUAUUCGUUCCAAACAAAAGACCGCUUAUGCUUUGUGAUGGAAUACGUCAAUGGAGGAGAGCUGUUUUUCCAUUUGUCGAGAGAACGGGUGUUCUCGGAGGACCGCACAUGCUUCUACGGUGCCGAGAUCGUUUCCGCCCUCGACUACCUGCACUCUGCCAAGAUAGUGUACCGGGAUCUGAAGCUGGAGAACUUAAUGCUUGAUAAAGACGGGCACAUCAAAAUUACAGACUUUGGCCUCUGCAAGGAAGGAAUCACUGAUGCUGCUACCAUGAAAACCUUCUGUGGGACACCAGAGUAUCUGGCACCAGAGGUGCUGGAGGACAAUGAUUACGGGCGUGCGGUGGACUGGUGGGGUCUGGGUGUGGUCAUGUAUGAGAUGAUGUGUGGCCGACUGCCUUUCUACAAUCAGGACCAUGAGAAGCUCUUUGAGCUCAUACUAAUGGAGGACAUCAAGUUCCCCAGGACGCUUUCUGCUGAUGCCAAGUCCCUGCUGUCAGGCCUGCUCAUCAAAGACCCCAACAAGAGACUUGGUGGAGGUCCAGAUGAUGCUAAGGAAAUUAUGCGACAUAAUUUCUUUACUGGAAUCGACUGGCAGGAUGUCUAUGAUAAAAAGCUGAUACCUCCCUUCAAGCCUCAGGUGUCAUCAGAGACAGAUACCAGAUAUUUUGAUGAAGAGUUCACAGCUCAGACGAUCACAGUAACCCCUCCUGAAAAAUUUGAUGAAGAUGGAAUGGACUGCAUGGAUAACGAGCGACGGCCACACUUCCCCCAGUUCUCCUACUCAGCCAGUGGGAGAGAGUGAAUGCCAUGCAGCCGACACUGCCAUAUCUUCAUCAAGGUGUUACCACUGGAACAAAUUAGGUCUUCAGCUUCUAACAGCCCCAGCCUUUUUAACCCCAUCAACCAUCUUGGUUAAUUUGUUAAGCUAGACCAAGGAAAACAGUUCUGUUGUAGGGUUAUGGGAAUUUGCACGUUGGGACGGACCAAAGUCCAACCCACCCAAACGUCCUUGCAGCUCCAGCCCAAAGGUUGGGUUCCGUUGGGAGAACUUUUGCUAUUUGUUAGGAGUUUGUUUACUUUUUUGUCUUUAUUGUGAUUCUCUCUUUGGAUAUAGGUGCUGCUUCACAUUCCUUAUUCAUUAGGAACUGGAAUAAAGAUGUUUAACACAAACAUUUCAGUCAGUUCAGAUGAUAAAAUAACUGCAUGGCUUAAAAUUCACAUGGGUUUUACGAUUACAUCUCUUGGGUACGCUCUACAAUAAUCAAUGUAGUACAAUGACUACAACAUGAAAUCUCUUGUAUCUCAGCUGCUUUUGUUGGUACUGUUUUUAAGAUUCACCUUCUGUUGUAUAAAUUCAAAACUGCCAUACACAGUUUACUCAGGCUUCACAGAGUACAUCUGUGUUCGACUCAGUCAUAAAGACUAGUUCUACCCUCAACACGCUCACUCAAUCAUUCCACAACUAUUCCUCAGUAUAAUCCCUGUGAACCUAAGCUAUGCAGCACUUAAACACCACUAACAAUUACAUAUACCAUUUAUAUAUGUUUGGAAGAGGCUUGAGUGCACUUAUUUGUGAAUAUACUGUGCUUUUCCUAUCAAAUGUACAGUGUAUCCAUGUGAAAGGCUUUCAUUCGGAUAUAUAAUUCUGUAAGAAGCAGUUUUCUGGCACAUUUGGAAUAUUUUAUUCAGUGUUACUGGGCAAUGAUACGAUAUUCACAGUUUAAGGAAGGCACUCCUAAUAUGAUCAUACUAGUGUUCAAAUACUUCUAUCACAACAAAUCUAAUUUCUGAAAAGCCAGAACUGCUUUAAGAUCAUUUGAAAGAAACCUCUUCUACUCAUUGCUUAAUAGUGCAAUAGCAAAGUAGAAGAAAAUAUAAAAGCCAGCAUUAAUGGAGUGAAUGGCAGGGGAAGCACUAUUAUAUUGUUUUAUAAUAAGAAAAAAAUGUGACCUAAAAAAUCUAUUUAAUUUAUUUGCUCUUUGUUUGUUUGUCCUUGCAUUCAUUAAGAACGCUUUGAGUCUUCUUCUUGUGGAAAUGAAAAAACACCUAAAAAGCUUACGAAUGUAGAUGGGUCAAUGCAAAUGCCUUUGGUUGCUUUUGUUUUGUUUUGAUAAAGUUGACCAGCUUUAUUUUCAUGCCAGUAUAUUAUUUUCAGCAGUCUGAGUAUUGUUGAAUGUGUUGGUUGUCUUUCCAACAAUGAAAGGGCUGUAAAAAAUGGCACUCCCAGUUACAAACUAAACAAAUUAUUACAGUACAGUACUGUCCUCUGGCAAUACAUUUCUGUAAGUUAAAAUCUGUAACAUAAGCAUGGCAGUGAGCAAGUCACACUCACUAUUGUGCUUUGCUUUUUUAUUGCAUAACAUUUCAAUUCAUUAGCUUUUGAACAGAAUUCCAAACAGUCUUGCUGUUGCUUCAAGAGGCAACAGGAGUAUAAAUGCAGUGAUUCAGACGUCAAUGUAAAAAUGUUGCUUUUGUGACUUAUAUCCUGCUUCCAAAUACUUUCAAAUGCUCCACUACAUCUAACAUUAAAGCUAUGUUCACAUUCCUAUCUACAACACUACAAUAUAUUUGUCCACAAAUCAAAUACCUCCAGGUGGUGGCAUCUCAGAUCAGUAUUCCAAUCAGAUAUUAGCAUAAAAAAUCCUCAGAUAAACAUUGAAAUACUAGGAUAUUUGUUUGAAUUAGGAGUGCCAAAUGUUUUCGAUUGCAGACUGAGCAUUUAACACCCUUGGAUGAUGCUUCAUAAAAUAGUUGAGGGAAUCAAAGGGAAAUAUCUAUAAUUUACAUGGAUAUAGAUUAUACCAACUGAGAAAUUCUAUAUAUGCAGAACAUUUAUUAAUCUCUCAAUAGUGUUUGGCAAUAAAACCUACUGUCUGUGGCAUUUGUUUCCUGAGUGCAGAGAUGGCUAUUGUGCAUGUUGCUAUUGCUUUUGGUUUAAGUACAUGUUAAAGUAUAGGCUGUGUGUAGUGGUUGAUGUAUUCUUUUCUCCCAAUGGCCUGUAAGAUGUGGCUGUCAGUUUAAUUGAAGAGGGAAUGGCAAAAACUGCUUCCAUUUGCAGUUGAAGUAAGAAGUUAACAUACACCUUAGCCAAAUACAUUUAAACUCAGUUUUUCACAAUUCCUGACAUUUAAUUGUAGAAAACAUUCCCUGUCUUAGUUCAGUUAGGAUCACUACUUUAUUUUAAGAAUGUGAAAUAUCAGAGUAAUAGUAGAGCGAAUGAUUUAUUUCAGCUUUUAUUUCAUUCAUCACAUUCACAGUGGGUCAGAAGUUGAAAUACACGGUUAGUAUUUGGUAGCAUUGCCUUCGAAUUGUUUUUGGGUCAGACGAUUUGGGUAGCAUUUGACAAGAUUCUCACAAUAAGUUGCUGGAAUUUUGGCCCAUUUCUGCAGAAUUAACUGCUGAUUUUCCUUAAGCCAUUUUGCUACAAUUUUGGAGGUAUGUUUGGGGUCGUUGUCCAUUUGGAAGACCCAUUUGCAACCGAGCUUUAACUUGCUGGCUGAUGUCUUGAGAUGUUGCUUCAAUAUAUCCACAUCAUUUUCCUUCCUCAUGAUGCCAUCUAUUUUGUGAAGUGCACCAGUUCCUCCUGCAGCAAAGUACCCCCACAACAUAAUCCUGACACCCCCAUACUUUUAUGGUUGGGAUGUGUUCUUCGGCUUGCAAGCCUCACCCUUUUUCCUCCAAACAUAACGAUGGUCAUUAUGGCCAAACAGUUAAAUUUUUGUUUCAUCAAACCAGAGGACAUUUCUCCAAAAAGUAAGUUCUUUGUCCCAUGUACACUUGGGAAUUCUUGUUCCUGAGCGGUAUGAUGGCCACAUGGUGUUUAUACUUGUGUACAAUUGUUUGUACAGAUGAACGUGGUACUUUCAGGCAUUUGGAAAUUGCUCCCAAGGAUGAACCAGACUUGUGGAGGUCCAGUUUUUUUCUGAGAUCUUUGAUUUCUUUUGAUUUUUCCAUGAUGUCAAGCAAAGAGGCUCUGAGUUUGAAGGUAGGCCUUAAAAUGCAUCCACAGCUAUCAGAAGCUAAUUGGCUAAUUGCCUAAAAGCUUGAUAUCAUUUUCUGGAAUUUGCCAAGCUGCUUAAAAGAUCAGUUAACUUAGUGAGUGUAAAUGUCUGACCCACUGGAAUUAUGAUAUAGUCAAUUAAAGUGAAACAAUCUGUCUGUAAACAAUUGUUAGAAAAAAAUGCUUGUGUCAUGUACAAAGUAGAUGUUCUAAACAACUUGCCAAAACUAUAGUUUAAUAAUAUGAAAUCUGUGGAGUGGAUAAAAAUGUGUUUUAAUGACUUUAACCUAAGUGUAGGUAAACUUCUGACUUCAACUGUAUAUUUGGCAUUUAUCAAGAAAUUUAAGUGAAUGUGACAGCCCCAUUGUGGGGUUAGGGUAAUGAAGAAGAGAUAUAACAAAAGCAGAAAGAUUGUUUGGUAAAAUGAUCUAGAGUGUGUUUGAGAUUUAAAUGUGUAUAUAAGAAAUGGUAGUGUUGGAUUUCAUACUUUAGUUCGUCUAUAGUCGGUUAGUGGGACAAGUUUGGUUUCUUGCAUGUGUAUUAAGGACUGUUGUAGAUCUGACUACGGUUGGUAAAGAACGAUUCAGAAAGUUUCUGUUGAAAUCCCUUUUGCCGAACAGUGUGCAGUGUUAUUCACCCUGAAAUGAUAAAAAAAAAAAAAACGAAUGCUUUCAUUGAUUGUCAGCAUUGUGAAUUGUCUAAUUGUGUAAUGUGAGAUACCGUAGCAUGGUACUGUUUCUCUAUUUCCAGAUUUCUUUGGUCUCAAUAAGAGUCGAGCUUGAGGAUGUGUGCUUGCAUUCAAACUAGGAUGUCUCAUAUAAUAAUGUUCUCUGACAGCACAGUACUGGUACUGCGAGCAGAUUAGCUCUUUAUGUCAUGCUCGGUCUUCCAAAUUGUACUCAUUUUCCUUUAAAUCAUUAUUUUCUUAUCCAUUCCAUAACUCUUUUUUUUUUUGAGUGAGAAAGUUAAUGCAACUACCUGAUCUGAUUUAAUGGGCUUAUACUGCUGACUGUGUUAUCUUAAAAUGUUGUUAAAUUCUUAUUAGUUUUUGUUUUAUUACUUUUUUAUUUAUCAGUGACUAACUUGAAUAUUUGUCAACUUGAUUUGUUUGUUUCUGUCUUAUUUUUACAUUUGGUUAGGUAACUUUUAAAAUUGAAAUUACAAAUUAGGGGAUUUUAUUUUGGGAUAUUUUGCUCUUUUUUUUUUGGUAAACCCUUGCUUUUCACUUUCGAUAAAUUGAUAUGUGAUUGUAUGGACACAUUAUAUAGUCAUACUGUUCGUCUAUUUUAUUAACUUUAAUAUGCACUUGAGAGGGACCAAAGGGUCCUAAGCUUAUCCUCAAGACAUUGAGAGGUAGAGAAACGUGAUAUUUUUAGGAUGAUACUUGCAUGUGAGAGACUAUUAUUGGUAAUACAUAAUACCUUAUUUAAACAGCAGAAGGGCCAUUGGCUUUGGCCAAAUCAAUCAAACACUUUUGUAAUUCCAUAUUUGAACACAGCUUUGUAUCUGCUUGUAGCACUUUCAUACCCAUUGCCCUUUUUAUAUAGCUCUGCAAAAGAAAAAAAAUGUCUCUGCUUAGGGGAAAAAAAUAAUAAAGCAAGAGAUAGAGUGAGUGAGAGAGAAUAAAAAAAAAAAGAAAAUACUUGAAAGCACAGAUUCGCCCUUCUUGGACCUCAUGCUAUUUUAUGUUAGAGUGAUUGUGGUCUGGAACAUGUAAAGGUGUGGAUGUAGACCUGAAAUACUGUCAGGAGGCAAAACCUGGUGACACAGACUAACUUUUCCCCAAGAGUUCUUAAUGCUCUGUCAUUCUAGCAAAGCUGAGCUUUUCCAGUGUCACCACUUUUUCAGAGGAAAACUUAAUAUGUAAACCCAACCUAGAAGUCAUUAGUCUCCCCUCUGGGAGGGCUGAAUACUAAUCUAGUGUGAUGAUGGGACUCAUCCCUCCUAAAUGCACCUCAGCGUGCACACUGCUGCUACUGUUUGUAUUGUCUACAACAGAAUUUCUCUGUAUCGCGCACCUGGUAGUGUAUGAUGAAUGAGCAUGAAUUGUAAAGUAUUUAUUUAAAAAAAAAGACAAACCUUAAAACAAAAAACAUUAAUUUUAUGUCCUUGUAGCUUUAGAGUUUGUGACAUUUCUUGACCUUGAUAGUUAGAUCCAUGUUAAGAACUAGUCAUGUGAUUACGAAUUUUACACAGAGGAGAUUAACAGAAAAUAAGAACAACCGUAUUACUGUCCAUCUGAAAUGUAAAAAAAAAUAAAGUUUAUUUUCCUUGCCUGGGCCCACAGGGAGGUGAACAGCUAGCUGAUCUGCAAGAAAACUGUUUUUGUACACUGUACAUCCUAGUAUUUUUACACGUAAAUGUAUAUGAUAGGGAUGCACAUUAUUUUCUUUCUUAAAGACUGCUUAAAUAAAGAACUAUGUCAAUCUG